AUGUCUUCCAUCUCCCAUCUCCUGCCGACAAACGUCCGGUCAACCCGCCUACUCCCCAUCGCCAUCCUCAUCUUCCUCCUCUUCCUCUUUCUGCCGUCGCUCCUUCCAAAACGCGUUGGCCUCCUUCCAUCUACUCCUUCCCACAAAGUCACCGUUUCUUCCGGCGGGACCCUGACACACGAAUCCCGGGAAUGGCUGGGCAAGAGCGUGUCCCUACAAGACGUGCUGGAGAUGGGCAGAAGGAGGGUGGAAGCGAAAGUGAAAGAGUACGAUGCCGUGGGGACUAAGAAGCAGCUGGGGAUUGAUAUCCCCAAGCACCUCUCCAUGGAGGAGUAUACAGAGCAACUCAAAGAAAGCUGGCAAAAGUGGUUCAUCGCUCCCUCUUCAUCAGCCUUCUCCCGCCACACAGCCCCAUCGUCUCCUACAGACGACCUCCUAAAACAUACCCUCUCGCACCUCAGCCUGGUCCCGCCCGAGCUCCUCCCAUCGUCACAAGCGUCAAUACCCCGGUAUGUCUACACGACAGACUUGAAGACACCGAAAGAACUGCCAGAUCAGUUUACGAGUUGGAUCACGGAGAAUCACGAGUGGACGACAAUGUUUGUCCGGGAUGGGGAUAUUGACGGAUGGCUGGAACAAGCUGUGGGCGUUGCGCCUGGCUCUAGGCUAGGCCAGAGUCUGGAACAACAAGUUUCGGGCGAGGGGGGGGAGCCAGACAGGAAGAGGAAGAGGACCGUGGGAGUGCCGAGAGUGGUGGAAGAGAUGGAAUGGCUGAAAGCGGAUUGGGGUGUUGUGAGAGCUGAUAUGUUCCGGUAUCUGAUACUGCUGAUAAACGGCGGCGUCUAUACCGACACCGAUACCGCCUCGGUCUUGCCACUCGAAAGAUGGGGUAUAUCGCAUAAAACCUACCCACCCGACCCUCUUCUGCGCUCCUUGCCCCACCUCGUGUCUCUCAUCUCUUCAUCCUCUUCAUCCUCCCCGCCACCACCUCCAGAGGACGAGACCGAACCGAACUUGAUCGUGGCUAUCGAAAUCGACGCCCUGGCUACCAAUGCAGAUUGGCAGAGGCAAUCUUUCGUUCGAGGAUUGCAGGUGGUUCAGUGGACGAUCGUCGGAAAGAGGGGGCACCCGGUUUUCCUGGAUGUGAUCGGGCAUGCGUUGGGCUGGGGAGAGAAGGUCAGGGCGGAGGAGCAGCGGGGCAAGAGAGACGGAGAGGCGGAAAGGGAGAAGAAGGACGGAGAGAUUUUGGAGUGGAGUGGACCGGGAGCAUUCACGGAUUCGGUCUUCCGUUAUCUGCUCGUAAGAUACGGAUUCCACCCCAAUGAGGCUUCGGGCCUGAAACAACCAUUAAGAGUUGGUGAUGUAGUGUUGAUGCCGGUGAACUCGUUCAGGGCAGAUGCGUCGGAAGGGUUCCAGGGAGAUCAUAAAGUCGUCUGGCAUGGGUAA